AAACAGAACCGGUGAGAAAGUGUAAUGUGAUAAACGACCAUAGAACACAUUAACAUAAGUGAAGUGAUAUAGUGUUCACGAGUAAUAUAAGAACAACAGCUUUUUGAUUGCGCAACUAAAAGCAACUACCUAUAUUUACCUACGCAGGGGAUUUAAGAAUCAUGCACCCAAUACAUCGAAUAAUAUAUGCCUUUGGUCAUCGUACCUGCACCGCCCCACUACUUUCAAAAAUGCAUUUAAGCGCUUCUCUCACGUCCUCUCCCAUGGACAAACGCAAUAUGUCUUCCUAUGUUAUAGCGACUGAAUCCUCCGACAAGGGUAUGAUUAUUCUCAAUCGGCCAAAUGCUUUGAAUGCAAUCAACUUGGAUAUGGUACGAAAAGUAUACAAGCACUUGAAGAAAUGUGAACUGACCAAAUCGAUGGUAAUAAUAAAAGGUGCUGGUGACAAAGCCUUCUGCGCUGGAGGGGAUGUUCGAUCCAUAGUAGAAGCCGGACCCACCGAGGAAUCAAAAGCUUUCUUCCGUGAAGAAUAUACUACAAAUGCGCUAAUCGGCAAUUAUAUUAUACCUUACAUUGCCAUUAUCGACGGCAUUACAAUGGGCGGUGGUGUCGGUCUCUCGAUCCAUGGGAAAUAUCGUGUAGCCACCGAACGUACACUAUUGGCAAUGCCUGAAACAGCCAUUGGCCUCUUCCCAGAUGUUGGUGGUUCUUAUUUUCUAUCACGCUUGCCAGGAAAAUUGGGUCUGUUCCUUGGUCUAACUGGUUUUCGUCUAAGGGGUGAUGAUGUAUUAAAGGCUGGAUUAGCAACACAUUAUUGUGAAAGCUCAAAGUUAGGGGAUUUACAAACCGAUCUGCUUAAUUGUAAGGAUGCCGAUACUGUUCAAGAUAUUCUUGAUAAAUAUAAUUCACCCACAAACAAAGACUUCGUUCUGCAAGGUGUAUUGGAUAAAAUUAACAAAUGUUUCACUGCUAACUCUGUUGAGGAAAUCGUUGAAAAUCUGAAAGGAGAUGGAAGCGAAUGGGCAAAUAAAACUCUUGAAAUGCUUCAAAGAGUUUCACCACUCUCCUUAAAAGUCACUUUUCGCGAACUUGAGCUGGGCUCCAAACUUCUUCUGCCACAAUGCUUGAAAAUGGAGUACCGCAUGGUUGUACGUCAUUUGGAAGACAGUGACUUUAAAGAGGGAGUACGCGCUUUACUUAUUGACAAGGAUCAAAAGCCCAAAUGGAAUCCAUCCACCUUGGAAGCGGUGACUGAGGAACGCGUGAACUCAUUCUUCCAAAAACUUCCCGAUACCGAAGAGUUGAAGUUAUAAAAAUAUAUAAUUGUGUACAAUAAGUUUCAAAGUUCGUGGCGAAUAAUGCCUGAUUGCAUUAUUUAUGUGUAACAAUUUGAUGUUUUAUAAUUUUCUAAUCCAUUUUUUUGCGUAUUGAAUUUACAAACCGUGUAACAAACAUAUAUGUAUGAAAGUAAGUAAGUAUACUUAAUUUCGAAAAUAAUGUUUGCGUAAAUCUCAACACCAAAAGUAUAUAAAAUGAAAUGAUGCAUUUAUUUACAAAUUACGAUAUUAAAUAUAAUACAGAUUUUUUAUAUUUUUUGAUAGCAUAAAUUAAAUACUAAAGCAUAUUAUUUUCUAUAAUUGUCACUGCACACCACAUAUAAUUGAUAAAUACUAUGACAAUAAUAAACAGUGCCUAACAAUUAGAAGUGCGUACCAGGCAUUGAUUUCAAGCGGAAGUAUAAUUAACAGAACGUUUGUAAAAUAUAAAUACAAAUUGUCAAUUAAAUAUUUAGUGUUAAAUAUUACAUGCUCAGUAAAUUCUGUAUUUAUCAAAAUUAAACAAAUUUGCUGUUCUUAUUGAU